CAAGGAGUGACUUGGAGUGAGGAGACCCUGCAGACACACACGCACACACACACGCACACACACACUAUACUCACAUAUGCUCACUGAGGGUUUCCUGCCUGUAACGCUGUGUCUCGACUAACGGGACAAGUUUGAACCUCUCGGAUAUCUUCGUCCUCUCUCGCCUCCAUGUGAACAUCCCUACCCAGACUGAGGUGUUUCACAGGUGCUGAAAGAAAGAUGGUGAGGAUAAAAGGUGGAGGCCACAGCCGACGGUCCAGACCUCGCUAGAGUUGCACGAUCUCCAUCGUCUCACCUCUUCACCAUCAUCAUCGUCUUCAUCCACCACUGCUGUCCAUCCCACCUAGUACCAUGGCCAGCCACCUAGAGCUGAUCCAGGAGCUGCAGCAGCUGGACAAGGUGCCAAGUCUAGAGAGGCUGCGGGCGGCCCAGAAGCGCCGGACCCAGCAGCUGAAGAGGUGGGCCGUCUACGAGAAGGAGAUGCAGAACAAGAAGCGAAAGGCGGAUAGGAAGGGACGAAACGGCAACAACCUGCAGCAGUCAGAGUUCAGGAGGCGAGUGUCAUUCGCUGCCAGCGUGGCGCUUCUGGAAGCGUCGGCCAGGAAUGACCCAGAUGAAGUUCGUUACCUGCUGAGGAACAACGUGAGUCCAGACCUCUGUAACGAAGAUGGCCUCACUGCUCUGCAUCAGUGUUGCAUAGACAACUACGAGGAGAUGGUGAAGAUCUUGUUGGACCGAGGAGCCAACGUUAACGCUCAGGACAACGAACUGUGGACGCCGCUGCACGCUGCCGCUACCUGUGGCCACGCGGGGCUCGUUAAAAUCCUCAUCACACAUGGUGCAGAUCUGCUGGCAGUAAACUCUGACGGGAACAUGCCCUACGACCUUUGUGAGGACGAUCCGACGCUGGACAUUAUCGAGACAGCCAUGGCCAACAGAGGCAUCACCCAGGAGAUGAUCAAUGAGACGCGAGCGUCCACAGAGAGGAGGAUGAUAGAGGACAUUCAGGAACUGCUGAGACGAGGAGAAGAGGUCAACCAGCAGGACUGUCAGGGAGCCGCGCUGCUUCACAUUGCAGCAGCUAAUGGCUACGUGCAGGCUGCAGAGCUGCUUCUGGAGGGGGGGGCUCGCAUGGACCUGAGAGACUUCGAUGGAUGGCAGCCCCUUCAUGCUGCAGCCUGCUGGGGUCAGAUGCAUGUGGCAGAGCUGCUGGCCUCGCAUGGUGCCAGUCUCAACGCCAAGACCUUUUUGGAAGAGACUCCCAUAGAUCUGUGUGAGGAUGAGGAGUUCAGAGCCAUUCUGCUGGACCUGAAACACAAACACGACACGAUCCUGAAGUCACAGCUCAAACACAAGACCUCACUGUGCAGACGGACAUCCAGCGCAGGCAGUCGUGGAAAAGUGGUUCGACGAGCCAGUUUGUCGGACCGACACAACUUGUGUCGGAAAGAGUACGAGACUGAGGCCAUCGUGUGGAGGGGAGGAAGGGAGGAGGAGGUGGAGAAGGAGAAAGAGUCUGAUCAGGAGAAUAAUCAGCUCAAGCCUGUUGUCGCAGUGGAGCUGCCAGACAAAUCCAUGCUGCCCACCAUCCUCAAAGAUGGCAGCAGCAAACAGAAUGGCCUCGUCACCACGACAACGUCCAUCCCACCUCCGUCUCCAGCCAAUGGAAGCACAGCAUCAUCUAACAAGGGGGUGGUCAUCACCACUCAGCCCUCCCAGGAGGACUCUACGCCGAAGGAGCGUGCUCAGACUCUGUCGGAGCUGAAGAAACAGAGGGCCGCAGCCAAACUUUUGAAUCACCCCUUGUUCAACGGCUACCUUGGCAACGGCUCCACAGACUCCUUUUCUGAUACCAAAAGCCUCUCGGAAGAUCCUCGGAUGCCAUUGGUCUCCUCCAAUGGCAGCUCGGUUUACUACACGCCAGCCAGCGGAGACCCGCCCCUCCUCAAGUUGAAACAGCCCAUGGAGGAGGAGCAGCCGAAGGCGCGGGCCUGCUGCUGUGUGUCGUAGCACCUUGGUCAUGUGACUGCUGAUGAAACAGGAAGUAAAUGAGAGGAAGGAAGGAAAGGAGGAGAAUUCCUGACGUAGACAUCCUGUUCUUCUACAGGAAACUGUCUAGAAGUUUAAAAACAUCUUCAUGUUGACAACUCCUGCUGCCUUGCCCAAAGGCAGAUGUGUUGAAAGAUGAUACCUGAUAAGGUUAGAAGGUCAAACUGUUAAGCAGCUGUUUUUGUUCCUUUUUUAACAACCAAGGAGAAUGAGAAUACGUGUUUUUGCAAAUGGUUUCUUUUUAAAGAGUCUGAGAUUUGAAACGGUGGAGGAGAAACCAAUCUCAGACCCAUCAGAAUCAGACCUUUUAUCAUUUCCUCCAGAAAAAUAACGUCCAACAACAACUUUCUUCUUUUUCAGCAUUUCCAAAUUAAUUGUAAAGCCAUCGUGGAGUUUUCUAGGAUACCUGUUCAGCACUGUGUUGCGCCUCAUGAUGAAAACAACAAAAUGUAGCAGGAAGUGGCGUGCGACAUCUGUGUGUUUAACAGCAAAAGGUGACAAAUGCCAGAAAACAGUGUUAAACUAACCGAGAAGUGUACUUCUGUAGUGGAUCAGAGUGAAAUAACUGCACUUGUGUUUACAACUGUCACUAAAGCACCACUAUCCUCUCACAGCCACCCUAAACUAAUAGUUCAUGCUUUUAUUUAGUAAAAAUCCACUUUGUCUUCACUUUUUUAGGUAAUUUAAACAAACGUGGUUGCUGUGCAUUUUUUUAUUUAUGAGAUUAUUGUAAUGUAUAAAGGCAUUCUGGUUCUUAAAGUUGAGUGUAUUUAUUAUUUGUGUGGAGAGUGAAUGCAUGAGAUGAGCUGGAAGAAUAGUGAUUUUAGGGGGACAACGCACCUUCUGAUGCAGAAAAGAUAAAAGUCAAUCAGAUGUUAAAGUCAAGUCGAGAUUUUUUUGUACAUUUUGUUAAAUCCAGCCAUCCUGUAGGGAUGGGUCCAUGUUUGUGUCUACAAAUAACCGUGUUAUUUGUUUUAAUUUUGUUUUUGAUGGCCAUUGUGUGGCUGAAUCCUCUCCAGUCCCUGUAUUUGUGGUGAUAAUAGAAGCUGUAAACGUUAUGUCAUGAAUUACUACAAGUUUGUGACGAGUUUUUAAAAAUAUGCACAAAUUUAUUGUCUAAAAAAAUGCAUAAAUGUUGUCAUAUAAGUCUUAAUGCCUCGUGUCUCCAGAGCAAAACACAAACUCGUCAGUCAAAAAUGAGUAAAGGACAAGUUUCAUUUUUGGAAGUGUGUGUGUGUGUGUGUGUGUGUGUGUGUGUGUGUGUGUGUGUGUGUGUGUGUGUGUGUGUGUGUGUGUGUGUGUGUGUGUGUGUGUGUGUGUGUGUGUGUGUGUGUGUGUGUGUGUGUGUGUGUGUGUGUGUGUGUGUGUGUGUGUGUGUGUGUGUGUGUUACUAAACCCUCCCAUCAGAAACAGGUUUUAAUACUAAAAGCCAAAUAUUGACAUAAUGACUCAAAUCAUGUGAUUACCAUCAAUUUUAGAGAAUAUUGUUAAUUUCAGCAGAGCAAGAACAGAUGUAAAACUACAGGUGGUCUUGUCUUGCUACCUAAGAGAAUGAGACCAAAUUAAACAAUUAAACAUCAUAUCAUUUAUUUCAAGCUAAAUUGUAACUACUGUCGCAGUAAAUAUCAAAAUUUAAGUGAUGGGCCUCAUUUCCUAAGUAAACAUAAAAUUUAGGACAUUUCAGUUUUUCAAACUCCAGUGAAAUAAAAAUUCUGGCUCCUUAUUUGAGAAUAAUCUUAGUAUGUUACCUGAUCUGACACCCAGUCUCCAAAAGAAACAGUUUUUUUAAAGAACCAGCAGGUGCAGCUUCAGGUGUAGAAUGCAGCCCUCAUGAAUACACAUGUGACAUAUCUUCUUUUCUUAUUUAAAAAAUAUUUGAAGCUAAUUUGUUUUCCAGUUUUGCCAUUACAGCUCUACUGGGAUCAAAUGCUUAAAACAUACUUUCCAGAAAUGCUGAACUAUUCCUUAAAUCUAGUAGCAUCUCUGUUGUCUUGUUUGAAUUGCCAAAGAGUUAAAUACAUUUACAAAGUUAGUUUUUUUUUCUUUUGGUGGCCAAUGUGAUUACCCAUAAUGCCAUUCUGCUACCCCAAUCCCAAUAAAGUGUACAGUGUCAAAACACGUGUAUAAAUGGGUUUGUAAAUACUUUUGCAUCUCCUCUGUUCUGGUGGUAUUUGUGUAUGCAUUAGAGAGGAGCACAUUUGAAUCUGGAUGAAUGAGAAGCUAUCACCUGAGAACAUUCAGAGGUGAAAGGUCAAAUCUUUCAGACCCAUUUGAAGUAGUCAGUUUUUAAAAAGAAGCAUUUUUAAUCUAAUUUGAGAUUUAAAAACAACUGAUUCACAUUUUCUCUACGGAAUCCUUGCAAUCUGUAUGAAAUUUCAAUCUAAUCUAAUUAAGAAGCUAUCACCUGAGAUCAAAAUGUUUGUGCUCAUUUUUUGUUUCCUUACAAACACGAGUCAGUUGUCAUCAACUGACCUAAGAUCUGCUGCAAACUACUGAGGUAUUUAAAUAAAUUCAUCCAGACUGAAGUGCUUUUGGUCAGGAAGCGAUGGUGACGUGUUUUAAACUGUACACAGAUCAUUGCUUGUGCUUACUGCACGUUUGUCUAGUAAUGAAAUCAUGAAGGAAAAAGAACUACUGAUUUUGUAAAUACUGGAGUAUAUUGAUGGCUGCAUUGACAUAUUUUGAAUAAAUUGUAUAUUUUGCUAAUUUUA